UAAAAUUAAGUCGACAAUAUCAACAUUAUUAUACUCUCAUUCGAUGGAAAAACAAUAAAACAUCAACAGAAAUUCAUGCUGAACUAGUAAUUGGUGAAGGAGAUCAGGCAGUAUCAUUACGUACUGUUGAUCAUUGGAUUGCUGCAUUUAAAGCUGGAGAUGAGGAUGUUGAAGACAAGCCUUGUUCUGGGUGUCCUCACGAAGUCACCACACCAGAAACUAUUGCUAAAGUUAAAGAAUUGGUCUCCGAUGACCUUCAUAUUACUAUUAGAGGAUUGGCUGACCUUUUAGAUAUUUCUCUUGAACGAGUUAGUUAUAUUCUUAAUGAAGAGCUCAAUAUGAAAAAAAUUUGUGCAAAAUGGGUUCUGUAUAAGUUAAAAGGCAAUAAACAAUGGAUUGAAUCUGAAGAAAAUAGGUCACAAAUUGCUAGAACUGCUAAAAAUA